UUAAUAAAGGAAAUUGUACACGAAAAUUGUCUAUAAAUACAGGAGUAUUAUGGUUUCACUACAACUGAAACCGAAUUUUCUUGCCCCAGAUGUCGAUGAAGUAGGGUCAAGAAGGGACGAUUAUGUUACUACUAAUGAAACGGAAUCGUGUUUUGUAUUCAAUGCAAAUCAUAAUUUACCAAUAAUUGAACAACGAAAGCGACUUCCUAUUCAUAAGUACCGCAGAGAUAUAUUAUAUUGUUUGGAAAAAAAUCAGGUUUUGAUAUUAGUUGGCGAAACCGGUAGCGGAAAAAGCACUCAACUACCACAGUACCUCUACGAACUGGGUUGGCAUACAAAGGGCGAAAUCGGUAUAACACAACCACGUCGCAUAUCCGCCAUAACUUUAGCAAAUCGUGUAGCGCUGGAACGUGGUGAAGUUGUCGGCAGUACUGUCGGGUUUGUGGUAAAAUUUUUAGAAAAAACAUCCGAAGCUACAGCUAUAAAGUAUAUGACAGAAGGCAUCCUAUUGCGUGAACUCCUCACAGAUCCCUUAUUAAUGCGUUACAGUGUUGUUGUAAUUGAUGAAGCACAUGAACGGAAUUUAAUAACAGACAUUAUUAUCGGCCUUUUGAAGAAAGUGGUCAGCAAGAGACCUACACUAAAAUUAAUUAUAUCGUCAGCCACCAUUGAUGCUGAAACUUUCGCCGAUUUCUUCAAAACUAAUUCAAGCAUAAUAUUAUCUGUUGAAGGUCGAACACAUCCGAUAAGCAUAUUUUAUCUAAGCAAUCCAUGUGCUGAUUAUGUAAAUGAAGCCGUUGAGACUGUAUGGAAAAUUCAUAAGAAGGAAGCUCAAGGUGAUAUUUUAGUUUUUCUCACCGGACAAGAAGAAGUACUACAAGCUGUGAGUUUAACAAAGGACUACAUGAAUUUGAAAGACGAUAACACAUUGCAGCCGGUACCAAUGUAUGGAUCUUUAACACAUAAAGAACAGUUAAAAGUAUUUUUUGCCGCGGAAAAAGGUGUACGUAAAGUUAUAUUUGCAACAAAUAUCGCUGAAACUUCGAUCACUAUACCGGGUGUUGUAUACGUUGUUGACUGUGGGUUUAUUAAAGUAAAAUGGUUCGACUCAGAUAGUGCGACAGAUCAGUUGGUGGUAGUGCCCACUAGCAAAGCUACUGCUAUGCAGAGAGCUGGACGUGCCGGACGCACACGCCCCGGAAAAGUGUAUCGUCUUUAUACGGAGGAAGAUUUUGAAAAAUUACCCGAUCGAUUCCCACCAGAAAUAAGACGAUGUGAAUUGAGUGCAAUGAUAUUAAAUAUAAAAGCACUAGGAAUAAGUAAUAUUUUGAAAUUCAAUUUUCCUUCGCCACCGCCGGCCAAAAAUGUAUUGGCUGCUUUAGAAACACUACAUGCUCUAGAAGCCAUUAAUAAUGAAGGAAAUCUCACUAAGCCAAUGGGUUAUUUCAUGGCCGAAAUGCCAUUACCGCCAAUGCUCAGUCGUAUGCUUUAUAUGUCCGGUUCAAUGAAUUGCUCCGAAGAGAUUUUGACAAUAAUUGCUAUGCUGCAAGUGGAAACCGUUUUCGCUCACCCAGCUACCGGUCAGGGGCAGAUUAAGGCACGCGUUGCGAAACGUAACUUCGAAGUGGCUGAAGGUGACUUAAUUACAAUGUUAAAUGUAUUUACGGCAUUUAUAGAAAACGAUCAAAGCAAACAAUUUUGUCGCACAUACUAUUUGAAUUAUCGCAAUCUCAACUCUGCAUAUGAAUUGCGGCAGCAGCUGGUCAUAHUAGCCAAAAAGCAUCUAAAUUUACCGCUAAAAUCAUGCGAUGGAAAUGUGGAGACAAUUUGCAAAUGUAUUACCUCGGCUUUUUUUCUCAAUGCAGCAUAUUUGCAUUAUACGGGUGUAUACAAGCGAAUUCAGGAGGGCCUUGACUUGUACAUACAUCCACUUUCUUCAUUAUACACACUACCACAACCGCAAUAUAUUGUUUUUACUGAACUCAUUCAUACAACAAAGAUUUUUAUGAGCAAUAUAACGGUGAUUAAGGAAGAAUGGUUAGCUGAGCUAUCAUCUCACUACUAUUGCAAAACAUCUAUACAAAAUAACGUWUAAAUAAAAGAAUUGAAAUAAUUUUUGUUAA